AUGAAAAGGCUGAAUCAGAGCUCUGUGGUUGAAUUCAUCCUUCUGGGAUUUUCUAACUUUCCUGAACUGCAAGAGCUACUCUUUGGGAUUUUCCUGGUUGUUUACCUGAUGAUCCUGAUGGGAAAUGCUAUCAUUUUAGUUGUCAUCUCCAUGGAACACAGUCUCUAUGUUCCCAUGUACUUAUUUCUCCUGAAUUUGUCUGUGGUGGAAGUGGGUUUAAGUUCAGCCAUUAUGCCGGAAAUGCUGGUGGUCCUUUCCACAGAGAAUACUAUAAUUACUUUUGCAGGCUGCUUUGCCCAGAUGUACUUCAUUCUACUUUUUGGUGCGACUGAAUGUUUUCUCCUUGGGGCCAUGGCCUAUGAUCGAUACGCUGCAAUCUGUCAUCCACUCAACUACCCAGUGAUAAUGAACAAAAGUGUUUUCAUAAAAUUAGUAAUAUUUUCUUGGGGAUCAGGGAUGGUGGUGGCUAUUUUGCAGACCACAUGGGUAUUUAGUUUUCCUUAUUGUGGCCACAUUAAGAUUAACCAUCUCUUCUGUGAGACCCCCCCAGUGCUAGAGCACGCAUGCGCGGAUACCUUUCUGUUUGAAAUCUAUGCUUUCACAGGCACUAUUCUGAUUGUUUUGGUCCCAUUCUUAUUGAUUCUCUUGUCUUACGUUCGAAUUCUCUUCGCCAUCCUGAAGAUGCAGUCAACUACUGGGAGGCAAAAGGCCUUUUCCACUUGUGCUUCCCAUCUCACAUCUGUGACCCUCUUCUAUGGCACUGCAAUUAUGACUUAUAUACAACCCAAAUCUGGUUAUUCUCCAGAAACCAAGAAAGUGAUGUCAUUGGCUUACACCUUACUAACACCACUGCUGAAUCCACUGAUUUACAGCUUGAGAAAUAGUGAAAUGAAAAGAGCCUUGGUGAAAUUAUGGAGAAGAAAAGUAGAUUUACAAACGUUUUGA